AUGAGCAAUACGGUUGCAGCUAAAAAUAGCCCAUUAGAUAUGUCAAAUAACAGUCCCAUGACUAAGAAUAGCUUAAGUAAUGAAACAUCGACAGAUGACAUCAAAGAGCAAAAACCAGACGAUCAAUCGAAAAAUACUCUGGAAACUUCAUCAACACAAGAACAACCACAGUCUAGCUUUGCUGCUAACAAAAACAAUCCUAAUACCACACCUGCACCUGGUAACCCUAACAAUCAUUCUGAAUCUAAUAAAAACAAUACACCUCCAUUUGAGUCUAGGUUGAUUGACCCUAGCAUUAAAAAAAGAGCUGUUUUGUUAGACGGCAACCGGGUUUCUAAUUCAGAAAGAUUAGGGUUUAAUCAUCGAGCCAAGACUAACAAGGAUAGACCGUUGCGUGGUGUAUUGAAGAAAAACGUGGCAGUCUCUUCCUUGCACGGGUCUACCACUGCGGCUUCAACCACUAGCAAUAACACACCCUCGUAUGAAAUAAUACAGUCAUCGCCACUUUUAACAUCCACGCCUCCAAGUAUCUCUAGGUCCUUGAUUCGAUUGUACCCUUACUUAAUCGUAUUUGACAAAGUUUUGGGUUUAUUAACUUGGACAAACGAUAAUAUAUGGGGUAGCGUUUUACUACUUUGCGUUUACAUAACUAUAAAUUUAUACUUUCAACAAAUAAUUACCUACUUUGGUCAUCUAACUAUUGUAAUUUUAUUAUGGUUGUAUUCAAUGCUAGAUAAAAACGUUGGCGAGGAAAUGGAAUUGCAUCCCACUUUGGAUGAUAUUAUAUAUAUUGUUUCGUCCGUGGCUGCUAAGUUUGAUCUUCUGUUUUCACCAAUAACGGUGCUAACCACCCAGGAUAUUAAAAGAGUGUUGAUAACGACAAUAUUUCUUUCUCCGUUUUAUAUGCUUAUCACGAUUUUCUUUCUUCCUAAGGAAAAAUUAGUUUUGAUUAUUGGUAUUUUUUUUUUAACUUAUCAUUCUUCGUGGAGUAAAGUCACAAGAGCUUUAAUGUGGAAAUUUAAAAUUGUAAGAUUGCUGGCCUUUUACAUUACAGGUCUGGACAUCGAUGGAAUAAAUAGAUUUAAAAAAAGAAACGGAGGGUUAUUUUCUGCUGUACACAAAAAGUUAUUGAAGACAGAAGGUUAUAAUAGUAUAAUCAAUGGCACGAAUGGUGGUGGUAAUGGUGAUAACGAUUACAUUAACAACAAACCAAUUAGAUUUACUUAUGUUUUAUAUGAAAAUCAGCGUCGUUGGUUAGGUAUUGGCUGGAAGCCAAAUAUGUUAAGUUAUGAACGAGCCGCUUGGACGGAUGAGUUUUUGAACGAAGCACCUGAACCAGAUCAGUUUAAAUUACCCGACGAUUCAUCAUCAGGAAUGAUUUGGAGAUGGGUUGAUAAAACUUGGAGGCUGGAUUUAACUAAUGACGGAGCUAUUCAAUUACCAAGUUCUAAACCGAAAACAACGGCAACACCCAAUUCAGAUGAAGGGUUUAUAUAUUAUGAUAACACUUGGAAGAAGCCAUCUACUGAAGACACUUAUACAAAAUAUACUAGGAGAAGAAGAUGGGUCCGUACUGCCGAAUUGAUUAAAGUCAGCGAUGCUUUGUUACCACAACCUUCUUCGGCAGAAGCAACAACUCAGCCACAGCAAAUCUCGGUUGAGGUCGGAACGUCGAGCGGAGUUGCCACUAGUGCAACUUCUUUAUCUUCUAGACCUGUUACAAAAAGAAGAGUUUCAUUUAGCAGUAAGAAAAACAUACGAGUGUUUGAUGAAGACGGCAGUAUAAAAGAAGAUAACGACAACCCCGAACGAUUAAGCAGUGAGGACGAUACCUGUAAUGAUAGCGAUCUCGGAAAACAAGAUAGUAGCAAGAAAAAUGAUUCAUUAGAUGAUGGGGAAGACAAAAACAAACAAAAAAUGGGCGAACAAGUUGGAAAAAGCACAUAA